ACCCGAAAACCUGUCGAUUGCCUGAUAAACUAGUUGGGGCAUCUCAGGCCCAAUUAGGCAGCGACUGGACUGGAGGUCCCUUCGGUGACCUUGCCAAUAUCCAGACCCUGCGGCAGAUGCAGGGCACUGUGGCAUUGGGUCAAUUGGCAGACAGUCUCCCUAUAAAAGCCAAUGCCCGUAACGAGGCAGAGUUGUGUUAAUUCGACUACCGACAGGAACAAACCUUCAACUUCAAGAAAUCAUGUUAAACAGAAUUGCCUUGUUGGUGGCCCUUGUAGCGGUGACCCAAGCUGCCCUGCUGCCUGUAAAGUCCUCCGGGAGCGAGGACACUUUCGAGGCUCACCCUCGCUACUCCUUCGGCUACGAAGUUCAGGACUCAGAAACCGGAGAUGUAAAGUCACAGUCGGAGUCCCGGGACGGAGAUGUGGUCCAGGGUCAAUAUUCCGUCAACGACGCCGAUGGCUAUCGCCGGAUUGUGGAGUACACUGCCGAUGACGUCCGAGGCUUCAAUGCGGUGGUGCGCCGUGAGCCCCUUUCCAGUGCAGCGGUGAUUGUCAAGCCAGUGGUCUCAAAAGUCCAGUUGCAACCACUUAGGAAACUCCCAGCCCUGAAGCCGCUUCCCCAGGCCUCGGCUGUGGUGCAUAGGUCCUUUGCUCAGACGCCCGCUGUCAUCCACCACGCCCCAGUGGCUCAUCUGAUCCAUGCCCCACCAACUCAUGCCGUCAUCUCCCAUCAUGUUCCUCUCCUGAAGACCUCCCUGCAUCAUAGUCAUCACCUCCAGCCCAUUUCAUAUGUGUUCUAGUCAGAGUAUAAAGAAGACAAUGAUUUUAAAUAAAGAGAUUAAUAUUUUAA